GAGCGCCGAGUACAUCGAGCCUGAGGAAGGAGUCGGGGUCGAGACGACAUGGCUCUGCUCCACCUAGGCUUCCCCCGGGAGAACCUGAGGAGGCUGACGUCACUGGGGAGGCUGACCUGUGAAAGCAAUCGGCACAAACAGUUGAGAGCAUCAAGCUCACUGCCAGAGGAACAGAAGGGACUUUUGCAAAAUGGACCUGAUUUGCAAGACUUUAUGUCUGGAGAACUUUCAGACAAAACAAAGUGGGCAGACUAUAAAGGCGAAUUAAAGCGUCAGAAAGGAGAAAGGCUGCGACUUCCUCCAUGGCUGAAAACUGAGAUUCCAAUUGGAAAAAAUUAUAACAAAUUGAAGAAUUCGUUGAGAAAUUUAAAUCUCCACACGGUGUGUGAGGAAGCGCGUUGUCCAAACAUCGGAGAGUGUUGGGGAGGGGGCAAAUAUGCUACUGCUACAGCGACUAUAAUGCUGAUGGGGGACACUUGUACAAGAGGCUGUCUCUUUUGCUCAGUGAAGACAGCAAGAAGUCCCCCUCCAUUAGAUCCCGAAGAGCCAUAUAACACAGCGAAAGCAAUUGCUGAAUGGGGGCUGGAUUAUGUUGUAUUGACCUCCGUGGACAGAGAUGAUGUUUCAGAUGGUGGAGCAGCACACUUUGCAAAGACUGUAUCGCACUUAAAAGAAAGAAAUCCCAAAAUUCUCGUGGAAUGUUUAACUCCUGAUUUCAGAGGGGACCUGAAAGCUGUGGAGACGGUUGCUCUGUCAGGGCUCGAUGUCUAUGCUCACAAUGUGGAAACAGUUCCAGAAUUGCAGAGAAAAGUUCGGGAUCCUCGAGCUAACUUCGACCAGUCCCUCAGUGUUUUGAAGCAUGCUAAGAAAGUUCAGCCUGAUGUAAUUUCCAAAACAUCCAUCAUGCUUGGUCUUGGUGAAACAGAUGAACAAAUAUACAACACAUUGAAAUUAUUACGUGAGGCUGACGUAGACUGUUUGACCUUGGGACAAUACAUGCAACCCACAAAGCGCCAUUUAAAGGUCGAAGAAUAUAUUACUCCUGAGAAAUUUAAACAUUGGGAAAACGUAGGAAAUGAUCUUGGGUUUCAUUACACUGCGAGUGGGCCUCUUGUGCGUUCCUCCUACAAAGCAGGCGAAUUUUUCUUGAAGAAUUUGGUACAGAAGAGGAAGAAGAAAGACAUCUGAAAUGUAAAAAGUUCACAGGGAGAACUCUGCAACUCUAAUGGAUUCCAGAUGGCAGCAUCACAAAUAAAGGAAGAACAUUCAAGAUGCUUUUGUUAUUGUCGUUGCCCCUGCAAGCAUUUAAACUUAGCCAUGAAUUAUUCAGGUUGUUUCUGAACUCUGCUAUCUUCUACUGUAGUUUAAAAAAUGUUAAUAUGUAUUAUAUGGCUUACAGUGCAAUCCUAUACAUAUACAUUCAAAAUUAAGUUCUAAGGGAUUUGUUGGUCUUCUUUCUAAGUAAGUGCUACAGAUCUACCUUAGAAAACCUCUGCUUUCUAACAUGUGAAGGAAUAACUGCACCAUGAGAUAUACCCAUUGGGAAAAUUAAGAGUUAGAUGCAUAUUUUAAAUAUAUUGCAGAUAAUACCAGUAAUAAACAGCUGAACACAG